AUGCAACUAACAAAAUUCGUAUGCGACGAAAUAGAUUUGGCAACCUCGCGAGUCAUUCAGAGCUCGUACAAAAUUCUUGGUCAAAGCUGGAAUCCUACGAGUGACGAAUUCGUACUUCAAUCCAAACUGAUUUACGCACGGCACCCUACUAAACGCAGAAUUCUUCAACAAGUGCAUGCAACAUUUGACCCUCUGGGUCUUCUGAUUCCCUUGUUCACUCCCGCUAAGAUUUUCCUUCAAGAGCUUUGGAGAAAAGAAUACGAUUGGGAUACACCUCUAUCGACAAAAAGGGUGCCGAGAGAAUUGUCCUCGCCUAAGUUCACUAUCGAGCACACAUUACAGACCUUUGUAGACGCCUCAUCCCACUCCAUUGCAGCUUGUGUAUAUCUCAGAUCACGCACUUCCGAGGGACGAUUUUAUUCAAACCUGAUAAUAGCUCGACAUAGGCUCACACCAGCAAAACAGUUGAAUUCCAAUCCUGAGAUCACGAUCCCCAAACUCGAACUUGUCGCUCUGCAAAUAGGUAUGCAACUAACAAAAUUCAUAUGCGACGAAAUAGAUUUGGCAAUUUCGCGAGUCAUUGUACAUUCAGAUUCCCAAAUAGCUCUUGGCUGGGUUCAUUCCGAGAAAUCAAAAGGUGUAUUCAUUCAGAACAGGAACAUUGAAAGUGCGAUCCAUACACUCCUACCUUAG